AUGGAACCCAGAAAUGAAACAGACAUUUUAGAAUUUCUUCUCAUGGAAGUGACAGAGAAUCCAGAACUGCAGUCCCUCGUCUUCAGCCUGUUCCUAUCCAUGUACCUGGUCACUGUCCUGGGAAACUUGCUCAUCAUCCUGGCUGUCAGCUCGGACUCCCACCUCCACACCCCCAUGUACUUCUUCCUCUCCAACCUGUCCUUUACUGACAUCUGUUUAAGUACAACCACAAUCCCAAAGAUGAUGGUGAACAUCCAAGCACAGAAUCAGAGCAUCACUUACACAGGCUGCCUCACCCAGAUCUGCUUUAUCCUGGUUUUUGCAAGUUUAGAAAGUAGUCUUCUUGCAGUAAUGGCCUAUGACCGCUAUGUGGCCAUUUGUCAUCCACUGAGGUACACAGUCAUCAUGAACUCCCGCCUCUGUGGCCUCUUGAUUCUACUCCCCCUCUUCAUUAUCAUUGUGGAUGCCCUGAUGCACAGUCUGAUGGUAUUGCAGCUGACCUUCUGCACAAACCUUGAAAUCCCUCUCUUCUUCUGUGAGGUUGUUCAGGUCAUCAAGCUUGCAUGUUUUGACACCCUCAUCAAUAACAUCCUGAUAUAUUUUGCAACUAGCAUAUUUGGUGGUAUUCCUCUGUGUGGAAUCAUUUUCUCUUAUACUCAGAUAGUAUCCUCUGUUUUGAGAAUGCCAUCAGCAGGUGGGAAGUAUAAAGCUUUUUCCACCUGUGGGUCUCACCUGUCAGUUGUGUCUUUG